CGCCACUGCGGAGUUGGGCGAGGGGUUGAGGAAAGGGGAGGGGGAGAAACCUUGGGAACAGCCGCGGUGCCGGGAAGAAAUGGAUCGCGGCGCUGUGCGGAGGGCAAGGAGGAACCCAUGUCAAGGGACAGAGGGGCAACUGGGAAUGAAAGUGGGGUGGCAGGAGAGGGGACGGCAGCAGCACAGGCGGCGGGCUUGAAUAGACCGCGGAGGGCGGGGAGUCCGUCAUCUAGAGCGGCCCUGCGGCGCGGUAGGCGGGAUUAAUGAGAGCGAGGCGGGGAUUGGCGGGCAGCCCUCGGCGGCCGUACGUCGGCGGUGACGCACGCCUCGGGGAGGGUGCGCGCGCGUUCAGCGGCCUCUUUGUGUGGUGCCCCGAUAGGAGAGCGGAGGUGGUGGCGGCGGUAGCGGUGGCCUUGGUUGUCUUCCAGUCUCCUCUGCUCGCCCUUUUGCCGGCACCUCUCCCCUUCCCUCCCCCUUCCUCUCUUCCUUCCUUCCUUCCUUCCCUCCCCUUCCCUUUUUCCCUUCCCCGUCGGUGACCGGCGGGGGUGGCUCCAGCUACGGCUGGGCCCAAGCUGUGUAGAGGCCUUAACCUACGAUAACGGCGGCGACGGCGAAACCUCGGAGCUCGCAGGGCGGGGGCAAGGCCCGGGCCGUGGAGAUGGAGAAUUCCCAGUUGUGUAAGCUGUUCAUUGGCGGCCUCAAUGUGCAGACGAGUGAGUCGGGCCUGCGCGGCCACUUUGAGGCCUUUGGGACUCUGACGGACUGCGUGGUGGUGGUGAACCCCCAGACCAAGCGCUCCCGUUGCUUUGGCUUCGUGACCUACUCCAAUGUGGAGGAGGCCGACGCCGCCAUGGCCGCCUCGCCCCAUGCCGUGGACGGCAACACUGUGGAGCUGAAGCGGGCGGUGUCCCGGGAGGAUUCCGCGCGGCCUGGUGCCCACGCCAAGGUUAAGAAGCUCUUUGUCGGGGGCCUUAAGGGAGACGUGGCCGAGGGCGACCUGAUCGAGCACUUCUCGCAGUUCGGCACGGUGGAAAAGGCCGAGAUUAUUGCCGACAAGCUGUCCGGCAAGAAGCGCGGAUUCGGCUUCGUGUAUUUUCAGAAUCACGACGCGGCAGACAAGGCCGCGGUGGUCAAGUUCCAUCCGAUUCAGGGCCAUCGCGUGGAGGUGAAGAAGGCGGUCCCCAAGGAGGAUAUCCACUUCGGUGGGGGUGGAGGCGGCUCCCGAUCCUCCCGGGGCGGCCGAGGCGGCCGGGGGCGCGCCGGUGGCCGAGACCAGAACGGCCUUUCCAAGGGCGGCGGCGGCGGUUACAACAGCUACGGUGGUUACGGCGGCGGCGGCGGCGGCUACAAUGCCUACGGAGGCGGCGGCGGUUCGUCCUACGGUGGGAGCGACUACGGUAACGGCUUCGGCGGCUUCGGCAGCUACAGCCAGCACCAGUCCUCGUAUGGGCCCAUGAAGAGCGGCGGCGGCGGCGGCGGAGGAAGCAGCUGGGGCGGUCGCAGUAAUAGUGGACCUUACAGAGGCGGCUAUGGCGGUGGGGGUGGCUACGGAGGCAGCUCCUUUUAAAAGAAAAUAUAAAAUGCCUGGGAGUGGCUGUUGGGGUAGCUCUUUUUGACAGCCCAAGUGGGGUCAACUCCUAAGCCCCAGCCCCUCACACCGCCUUCCCUGUUUUGCCCUUAGGGGAGCCACUUCUAAGGCUGCUUACCCUUGGGGGUGUUCCUCUAUUUGCCUGCCACCUCUCUUGUCUCUCCCUCUGAAGAUGGACUUGGCCCCACAUACACAUUUUUGUGUUACAGUCAUUGAUGGACUCUAUUUUUUUAUUAUUACUUGGACCUUGGUCGUUUUUAUACUAGCAAAAUGUCUUGUUUUAAUUUGUGUUUUUUGGGGGGAGGGAGGGAGUGAACUUGCUGAUUCUGUAGCAAAACCUGGGCGGGGGUUGGGGUGGGGGGUAGUUUACUUUGUUGUAAGGACUUGAUACCUGGCUACGGCGUUUUCUAUGAAAUCUACUUGGAUCCCUUGCCUGAAAUUUGGAAGCAUAUGUACAAAAAUCAUUUUUACGUUUUAUUUUUAAUAAAUCAUUGUGUUUGACCGUACAUGUCUAACAUUUUUUUUCUAGGAUCCAUUCCAUAUCGUUUUUAAGGAAUAUUUGUUUAAGAUUUUACGUGUUAAUUCUUUAUUCUUGAUGUGUACUUAGAGAAACUUUUAAGAGGUCCUGUGGGUUUUUUUUUUUCCCUCGUUGCCCUGCUAGUUGCGUAUUGAAUUAUAUCCCUUACAGGCAAAACUUCUGAAGUGGUGGAUGUGGCUUUUUAAACUCUUUUAAGUUUCUGUGCAUCCAUCUCUUGUACUAAGCGAUUUGCUUAUCAUCUUGUCAUGAUUGGUCAUUUCUAUGACAAUUUACUUCAAACUGUGUACUGUGUAGUUCUAUAUAGUUUGUGUUAAGCAUGUCAUUCAUAUAAACUGUUUAAAAUUUUUCAGAUGGCCUAGUUUCAUCCCUCUUAUUGGUUUGUCUGUAAUGAAUGGUUGAAAAUAAGGGUUAUAUUUUACCCUCAAAUGCGGUUUUGUACUUUCAGAGCAGGUUUAAACGUUUUUUUUUUUUUUUUUUUUUCCCCUGUAUCUGAACUGUUGUCCUCAUGGAAAUCCUUUUCCCAGUCUUUGUAGCACCAUCUACUGGCAGAAUGGCAGAGUAGCUGCGAAACAAUUCGUUUAAAAACUUUAGGACAAUUGCAUCAGAUUUAGAAGUUUUGCCAUCAAAAUUCUUUGCAGACUUGGAAGUUACACGUUUGCUUGUAACUGAGAUGGGCUUCACAGGAAUGUAGUUGCCAGUUCAUAUCACACUUACCCUUUCUAUAAGAGAUUUGAAAAUGUAAACUGCUAUGCAUAGCUUGGGCAAUAGCCCUAAAUUGCUAUGACAACUAAUGAACCAACUACAUAAUACUGGUAUUUUAGGUGCAAGUUGUAAAGCAAAAUAUCUGUAUUGUGCUUGGUUAACAAAUGUAUAUUUGUAGUCCUUUCAUGCAAUAGCAUUCAAGUUGUUGUUUAUAAGAGAAGAACAAAACUGAUAAUAGGAGAAAAUUGCCUUUCUGGAUAGAAAUAUAGAAUAGCAACGUUUAUGGAUAUCACAAAUAAAGAAUUCAAUUCUUUA